UCGGCGGCCCACGGAUCCGCCCCCGGGGGGGCCCGGCGCCAGGCGGCGUCACGCACGCAAGCUAGCGGACAAGAACCCGCGUGCUUAUAAGCAGGCCCUCCCCUCCCGUCCCCAAAAAUUCCAGUCCUCCAUUUCUCCUAGCUCUAGCUAAGCUUCUCCAUCUUUCUCUCCCUCCCUUCCUCCCUCGAGGGAGAGAACUUUAGUUUAGCGACCACUCCCUCAUCAGCUCGUAGUUAUUUAGCGGAGGCUUAACUUGGGGAGGUUGAUCUGCAGUCGAGGCUGGCAGCUUGCUAGGGUUUUGUAGGGGGCGAUCGCCUCGCACGCCCGCUCGUCGGUCGAGCAGGAGCUAGCUAUACUAGGCAGCUAGGCCAGGGUGCGCGCGGCCAAUGAUCAUGGCGAACCCGGCGAUGCUGCCGCCCGGCUUCCGGUUCCACCCGACGGACGAGGAGCUGAUCCUCCACUACCUCCGCAACCGCGCCGCCAACGCGGGGUGCCCCGUCGACAUCAUCGCCGACGUCGACAUCUACAAGUUCGAUCCAUGGGACCUGCCAUCCCGGGCGCGGUACGGGGACAAGGAGUGGUACUUCUUCAGCCCGCGCGACCGCAAGUACCCGAACGGGAUCCGGCCGAACCGCGCGGCGGGCUCCGGCUACUGGAAGGCCACCGGCACGGACAAGCCCAUCCACCGCGGCGCCACCGGGGAGAGCGUCGGCGUCAAGAAGGCGCUCGUCUUCUACAAGGGGCGCCCGCCCAAGGGCACCAAGACCAACUGGAUCAUGCACGAGUACCGCCUCGCCGCCGACGCCCACGCCGCCCACACCUACCGCCCCAUGAAGUUCCGCAACACCUCCAUGAGGCUGGAUGACUGGGUGCUGUGCCGGAUCUACAAGAAGACCAGCCACGUGUCGCCGAUGGCGGUGCCGCCGCUCUCCGUCCACGAGCAGGACGAGCCGUGCGGCUUCGACGAGAACCGCCCCUACGCCGCGUCGAGCGCCGGCAUGCUCGUGCAGCCGGCGGCGUACCCGGUGCUGCACGACGCGCCGCGGAGGAUGCCCAGGAUCCCGUCCCUCACCGAGCUCUUCAACGAUCCCUCGCUGGCCCACUUCUUCGAGGACGGCGGCGUCCCGGACAUGGCGCGGCUCGACCAGCACCACCACCACCAGCACGGCGGCGCCACUCUCCUCGGCCACCCCGUCACGAGCCAGCUGCUGAUCAACAAUGGCAACAGCGGCCUGCCCGGGCAGAUGGAUUCGUCUGCCUCGACGUCGGCCGCGGGCGAUGGCGCCGCCGCUGGCAGUCGCAAGAGGGCAUCAGAGACGAGUACGAGUGCCGGCACGGCACCUGCGGCCAAGAAACCGAACGGCUCCUGCUUCGGUGCAACGUUCCAAAUAGGCAACGGGCUGCAGGGGUCCCUGGGCCACCACAUGCUGCUCCAUUCUAACAUGGGGAUGAACUGACAGAUUGGUCUCCACUGAAAGCUACUAUACUUGAGCACUAAAUUGUGAUUUGAACAUUGGGCUCUAUGGAACCAAAUAUAGGGCGAAGAUAUAUAAAUCAACGGUUAAUAUAUAGGUAAAGGGAUUGUACGUACUUGUAGGGUCCACCAGCAGUAGUGUCGGCUAGGGACACCAUAGUUGAUUGGGUUUGUGGUGUGUAAACAUUUUGUUCUUCCUUCUGUACGUAGUAUACUGGUACUAUGUACUCAAGAUUAGUACUCCUAGAAAGCUAACUAGCUGUAGAUAGGGCUUUGAUAAGGCACGAACUGGAAGUCAAGAACAGGAGAAAGAUGUUGAUAUCCAACCGGCUUUAUUUGCUCAUAUACCUAUAUGUAAAUCAUUGAUCAAAUGCAAUUCUUCAAUAA